AUGGAGGAAGGAGGUGGGAGUGGCGUGGGUGGGAUGCAGGGAGCGGCGUCGAAUCUUCUGGACGCCGGAGCUCAGGCGUUCUACCCUGCCGUCGGCGCGCCGUUCCCGUUCCAGCAGCUUCCGCACCAGCUGUACUGCCCGCAGCCGCCGCCGCCGCCGUACCAGGUCAUGCCGGUGCCGCCGCCGCCGCCGCCGGUGGGCUUGCCUGUACCGCCGCUGCCGGCGACGAUGGCGCCGCAGCCGGGCUACUGCGUGCCGGCGGCCGCGACGGUGGUGGACGGUCCGGCCAGCCGCGCCGUCGUGCUGAGCCUGGUGCCGCCGCACGCGCCGGAGGACGAGAUCGCCCGCGCGAUGGCUCCGUUCGGUGCGGUGCGCGCCGUGGACGCGUCGGCGGUGGCGUCCGAGGGCGUCGCGACCGUCUACUUCUUCGAUCUCCGCUCCGCCGAGCACGCCGUCACGGGGGUCCGCGAGCAGCACAUCCGGCAGCAGUGCCGGCUCGGCCAGCUCUACGCCGCCGCCGCCGCCGCCGCCGCCUCGUCCCCGACCUGGCCCCCGCCGGCGUGGGACUGGCCCCACGACGACAACCGCGGGCUCGUCCUCGGCCAGGCCGUCUGGGCCCACUUCGCCGCCGCCUCCACCGUCCCCGACGACGGCGCCAGCCGCGGCUCCCUCGUCGUGCUCAAUUCCCUCCCCGCCAUGUCCGUGUUCGAACUCCGCGAAAUCUUCCAAGCAUACGGUGACGUGAAGGACGUGAGGGAGUCGGCGCUGCGGCCGAGCAACAAGUUCGUCGAGUUCUUCGACACGCGCGACGCCGACCGCGCGCUCCACGAGCUCAACGGCAAGGAGCUCUUCGGCCGCCGCCUCGUCGUCGAGUACACGCGCCCUUCCCUCCCCGGCCCACGCAGGCGCGGGCACGUGUCGCACCAGCCCUUGGCCCCGACGCCGCCGAGGCUGCAGGCGGCUUGGCGGCCGGCGCCGGCGCCGUCGCAGUCUGCGCAGCCGUCGUCGUCUGGCUCCGGCAAGGCGAGGGAAGGCGUGGUGCUUCUGCGCAGGAGCUCCGGGAAAGGUAGCUCGGGUAGCCAGUCCAAGGGCGGUGGCAAUGCUGGCCACGAGCGGAAGAGCAAGGGCGGCAAGAGCGCCGCGGCGGCGUGUUCGACGGCGGCUUCAGCAUCGUCGUCUACCGCAACGGCGCCCAGCAAGCAAAGCCAGAAAGGCGGCGGCGGCGGCGGCGGCCGUGGCGGGAGCUGGAGAGGCCAGAAGAGCGGGUGGGAGGCUCGCUUCCUGUUCAAAGAACCCGAGGCCGCGGCCGCCGCCGCCGGCGACGCUGCCGCCUCCGAGACGCAUGAGCCGGCGAGCUGCAAGGACACGAGAACCACCGUGAUGAUCAGGAACAUCCCAAACAAGUACAGCCAGAAGCUGCUGCUCAACAUGCUGGACAACCACUGCAUCCUCUCCAACCAGCAGAUCGAGGCGAGCUGCGAAGACGAAGCCCAGCCAUUCUCCUCCUACGAUUUCCUCUACCUCCCCAUAGAUUUCAACAACAAGUGCAACGUGGGCUAUGGCUUCGUCAACCUCACCUCGCCGGAGGCUGCCGUGCGGCUGUACAAGGCGUUCCACAAGCAACCGUGGGAGGUGUUCAACUCGCGCAAGAUUUGCCAAGUGACAUACGCACGCGUGCAAGGCCUGGACGCGCUCAAGGAGCACUUCAAGAACUCCAAGUUCCCGUGCGACAGCGACGAGUACCUGCCCGUGGUGUUCUCGCCGCCGCGGGACGGCAAGCUGCUCACGGAGCCGGUGCCGCUGGUCGGCCGCUCGCCGGCACCGUCGUCGGCGUCCGGGGCGUCGUCGCCGCCCAAGAGCUGCGCCGCGAGCGUCGACCCACUCGCGCAGGAGCUCAUGACAGCGCCGUCUUCCUCCGGCGACGGCGCCUCCUCCGCCUCCUCGUCCAAUGCCCACGCCGACGAGGAUGACGUCCAUGGCGAAACCGGUGGUGACCGUGGCGACGACGCGGGGCUCGAUCUGGAGCUACAGCGCCUAGGCUACACUGACUAGCUGGCGUCUGGCGGCUUUGCUUCGAGAGGUGGUGGCAAUGAUGGUGGCUACGGCUGCUGCAUGCAAGCAAGGGAAGUGAAGUGAACAGGUGAUUUCAUUUAUGGCUUUAAGCAGAGAUAGGAGUAGGAAAGAACUCGAGAAAAGAAGCGAUUUGAUGUUAUUUUGAGAGGAGUAGCAGUAGUAGUGGUGGUGGUAUUCGUUGGUAGCUGCAGAUGGGAGUCGUGUUCUUUUUGGUUUUAAGUUUCCUUCUUUGAAAC